AUGACGACCGAAGAGACGACCGAGCAGCCCCCGGUAGACGACUGCCUGAAGGAACGGAAAUGGUGGUGCUUCCUGCUGUCGAGCAUCUUCACUUUCCUUGCCGGGCUGCUGAUCGUACUCCUCUGGCGUGCGUUCGCCUUCCUCUGCUGUCGCAAGGAACCCGAGUUCGCCCCAAAUGACCCGAAACAGAAAGAGCCAAAGGCGAGCCGCCAGGGCAAGGAGUUCGAGGGGACUUUUAUGACCGAGGCCAAAGACUGGGCCGGUGAACUGAUUUCUGGACAGACCACCACUGGACUACGUGUCGUGACGUUGCUGUGUGCUUUUACGAAGAAAGUGAAAAGGGAUCUAGUUACAAGCGCGAACGUGUUAGUAGGUCAAAUCCUGACUCUUCCUUUAGUAAAGACACCGUACACUUAUUACAAGAAAUUGAAAUGGUUCGUCGAGAGAUAA